GCGCCAUGGGUCGUGCGUGCCCACCAGCCCGGCUGGUGUCCGGCCUGACAGCCUGUCGGCCGCACGCACCGCCGGCGGCCAGAGCACCCGCGCCGCGCGCUGGCGCUUCCUGCAAGUCGGUGCCGGCCUCUGCCAUCCCCGGCUAGCCUGGCAACAUGUGCCGCACAUCGUGCGCCAACAGACCGGCCCACAUACAUUGCGAGCCGGGCUCGGUGCUCCCAGGGACAGCUCCUCAAGCCGGCCGCCUGCGCGUGGCAACCUGGCGCCUGGGCGAGCAUGUUGGCUCCGACCGGCGCAUGUCCUGGGACGGCUUUUGUGCCAUGUGUGCCGGCAGGGCCCCCGACGCCUGCCGAAUCUCUGCUUCCGGCUAUCGCUGGAGCCUCCGGUCCCCGGCAUCACAGGCCCCUGCGCCCCCAACAGCCUCCCUGUCUUGCGGAGGGUGUACCGCUUGCAUGGUGUCUGUCCUGCGAUGCCAGUCUCCUUCCGACCUCCCCGACCGAAGGCAUUCCGGUCGGCCAAAAAUGGUCCCCGCUGUGUCUUCCCCGGGUAGCUGUCCGCGCGAGAGUCCCCCGGGGGCGUGCUGCGCCAGGGCAGGCGGUGCCAAGUGUGUCGCGUGCGUCAGCGGCCCCGGGGUCCCCUCGGUCGCACCGAGCCCGCACACUGGCACGUAUUCCCCUUCUCGCCGAGGGACUCCCACCGGCCUGGCGACAUGGCCUGCCUGCCCUGUGGCAAAGCUCGGCCCAAGCGUGACAGCCCUCCCGGCCGAGACUGCCGGCCCCGUCAGGAUGGCCGACAUGCCCGGCCGCUGCGCCCCCAGGCAAGUGACCCUGGGUGGCCGGGACCUGCCCUGCUUCCUCUCCUGCGAUGCCUCCUCCGACAUACACACGUCAGCUAGCACGCCGGCGUCUGCUCGAACGACCUGUUCGCCUUUCCGCCAGCGGGCCACCUGAUGGACUGGCCAUGCCCAGCGCAUGGUCCACUGCGCCAGCUGCCCUGGCGGCGUGGUUGCCUACGGCCAGGCGAGUUCGGCCGGCUAAUGGUCACCGCGAAAUGCGCAGCCGCCUGGCCCGUGCCGCCCUUCGCCUGGGGCGGCGACUUCAGCAUCUGCGGUUCAAGUUGUGAACCUUGCUCCGGCUUGGGCCCCGGCGAGCAUUGCGCCUGCACGGAGGAUGUCCCGCUGCUGGGCGAGCACGGCCGCUCCGCCGCCUGCCUGGUCGACACCUUCCAGAGUGCGGAAUUGUGCCUGCACUGUGGCCCACCUGCGCCGAGCUCGCCAGAGCCACCAGCGCGCCCUGUGCCCUCUCUCCCUCCCCUCCCGGGCAGCAUGUCGAGGUGGCCGACGACCGUGGCCGGAUGUGUGGCAGCUGCUCGGCCCCCUGUGCCAGCUGUGUGACGACUUGGACGGGGAUCAGUCCCUCGUCUGUCCGGGAACCCCAUGCCUACGAGGCGCAGGCUGCAUGCUUGCUCUGUCUGGCCAGGUGCAGCGCCCACGUACACAUGCCCGAUGACAAUCUCGCCUGCUCGGCUUGGUGCACCGCCUGAAAAUGCAAUCCGCCGCCCUCUCCCCCGAUCGAGACUUGCAUCCAUAUACAUCCACCAGGCGAGGUCUUGCUUCUGAUCCCAGCCGCCGAUGCCGCCUAUCACCACACCCCUUGCCCUGGAAUGUGCCACCUGCCAUGGGCA